AUGAAACACCGGUUCUUGUCCGACUUACGGCUGAAAUACCGGUGCACGUCCGAUGUUACGGUUCUCGUCUGGCUUAAGAUUGAAACACCAGUUCACGUCCGACUUAAAUCGGACGAGAUACGGUGUUUCAACCCUAAACUGGACGAGAACCUUAAAUUGGACGAGAACCUUAAAUUGGACGAGAAUCGGUGUUUCAGCCCUAAACUGGACGAGAACCUUAAAUCGGACGAGAUACGGUGUUUCAACCCUAAACUGGACGAGAACCUUAAAUUGGACGAGAAUCGGUGUUUCAACCCUAAACUGGACGAGAACCUUAAAUUGGACGAGAUUCGGUGUUUCAACCCUAAACCGGACGAGAACCUUAAAUUGGACGAGAAUCGGUGUUUCAGCCCUAAACUGGACGAGAACCUUAAAUCGGACGAGAUACGGUGUUUCAGCCCUAAACUGGACGAGAACCUUAAAUUGGACGAGAAUCGGUGUUUCAACCCUAAACUGGACGAGAACCUUAAAUCGGACGAGAUACGGUGUUUCAACCCUAAACUGGACGAGAACCUUAAAUUGGACGAGAAUCGGUGUUUCAACCCUAAACUGGACGAGAACCUUAAAUCGGACGAGAUACGGUGUUUCAACCCUAAACCGGACGAGAACCUUAAAUUGGACGAGAAUCGGUGUUUCAACCCUAAACUGGACGAGAACCUUAAAUCGGACGAGAUACGGUGUUUCAACCCUAAACCGGACGAGAACCUUAAAUUGGACGAGAAUCGGUGUUUCAACCCUAAACUGGACGAGAACCUUAAAUCGGACGAGAUACGGCGUUUCAACGCUAAACUGGACGAGAAGCUUAAAUUGGACGAGAAUCGGUGUUUCAACCCUAAACUGGACGAGAACCUUAAAUCGGACGAGAUACGGUGUUUCAACCCUAAACUGGACGAGAACCUUAAAUCGAGAAGCUUAAUUUGGACGAGAACCGGUGUUUCAAGCGGAAGCCGGAAGCCGGAAGAGAACGAGAAAAGUUUCAUGUUUCUCGUCCGGCUUCAAGGCUGA